AUGAAUACUAAUUUUCGAGAAGCUAUCACAGCCAGAGAAAGGCUAUCCGUGACGUUAAGGUUUUUGGCCACCGGUGACUCAUAUACAAGUUUACAAUAUCUGUUUCGCAUAUCUAAACAGUCCAUAUCUACUAUUAUUAUUGAAGUUUGUGAUGCAAUUAUCAAGGCUCUCAAGGAUCAUGUGAAGCUACCCGAGACUGAAAAUCAAUGGAUGGCCGUUGCAAAAGAAUUUGAAGAAAAGUGGAACUUCCCUCAUGCAAUAGGCGCAAUGGACGGCAAACAUGUUUGCCUUCAAGCACCAUUAAAUAGUGGAACGGAAUUUUACAAUUAUAAACAAUAUUCUAGCAUUGUAUUGUUAGCAUUAGUUGACGCUGACUACAAUUUUAUGUACAUAAAUGUUGGAUGUCAAGGACGCAUAUCAAAUGGAGGUGUUUUUAAAAACACUUCCUUGUAUAAGAACCUUGAAAACAAAAGCCUAAAUUUACCGAAUCCUGAAAUAUUACAAACUCCUUACAAUGUGAAGGUACCGUAUAUAAUUCUGUGUGAUAAAGCAUUAGCCCUCAGUGAAUAUACCAUGAAACCCUUUUCGGGUAAUCCAGAAAGAGGAUCUAUUGAAAGAAUAUUCAAUUAUCGUCUAUCAAGAGCAAGGAGGGUAGUUGAGAAUGCAUUUGGAAUACUGAGUUCGGUGUUUCGAGUACUACGAAAACCAAUGCUUUUGGAACCGGAAAAAGCUACAUAA